GCUGGACUGCUGAGUCACUGGACACACAAGUGGACAAUUUCAGUGACCUACAAAUACCACUGAUGGCUCUUGAAUUGUUCAGACAAUUUUUUUCUUGUUUCAAAAUUAAACCCACAUUUGGCUUUCCAGAAUUGUGAUUCAAGUGGUUCCAGUUUUGCAGGAUGUUUUGAUGGUCUUUGAACAGAAUAGGACUUUGGUCCAAAGGUUUUUGAACAAGUUCUGGACCUCAAACUUUUUGAAAGUAAAAUCUCUUCAGACUUUACAUCUGCUUUGUUAAAAAAAAAAAAAUGGACAUUAGGUGUGCUGGUGCUGAGAAUCAGCUUCUCCAUGUGGACCUCCAUAUUGAUGAGCAUGAACCUCGUAGAGGCAUCCUGGAUCUCCUCAGCAGACUCCGUCCUCUUUGGAAGGCACAGAACAUUCAGAUGAAGAAAUUCACAGAAGGCAUCACCAACCAGCUAAUUGGAUGCUACGUGACAUCUCUCCAGGAGCCCGGCUGUGUUCUGGUGCGACUGUACGGCAAAAUGACGGAGCUCUAUGUGAACAGGGACCUGGAGGUGGAAAUGUUCCAGGUCUUCCACGCCCACGGGUGUGGUCCACAGAUCUACUGCAGCUUUCAGAAUGGCAUAUGCUACGAGUUUGUUAGAGGAACGGUACUGGAUGAUGAGCUGCUCCGACAACCAUCCAUCUACAGAUUGAUCGCAGCAGAGAUGGGGAGAAUCCACUCUAUCCAGCCAAAAUGUGCUCUGCCUGUUGAACCUCUUCUCUGGACAAAAAUGUCCCACUUUCUCACGCUGGUGCAGAGCAGUAGCCCAGCUAAGCAGCGCUGCACAAAAAGACCCGUGGCUCUACGAGAGGUGCCCAGCUUUGAGACUUUGUCAGUGGAAAUGGAGUCACUGAAGAGACACCUCUCACAGAUUGACUCGCCGACUGUCCUCUGCCACAACGACCUCCUCACAAAAAACAUCAUCUACAACCACAAAGAGGAAAUGGUGAAAUUCAUCGACUACGAGUACGCCGAUUACAACUACCAGGCCUUUGAUAUUGGCAAUCACUUCAAUGAAUUUGCUGGUGUGAAAGAUGUGAACUACAGCCUGUACCCGAGCCUGGAGCUGCAGAGGGACUGGCUGAUGGCCUAUCUGGAGAGUUACAAGCGUAGCAAAGGACAUGAGGUCACCGUGACAGAGGCAGAAGUUACGCAGCUCUACAUUCAAGUCUGCAAAUUCUCACUGGCAUCCAACUUCUUCUGGGGUCUUUGGGCCAUCCUGCAAUCACGGUUCUCCUCGAUUGACUUUGACUUCCAAAGAUAUGCCAUGGCACGAUUCAACUUCUACUUUGAGAAAAAAGACGAAUAUUUUGGAUUGACAAUAAUCUAGAAUCGGAGGAUAAAGGACCAGAAUCCAAGAAGAGUGACUAAAGUCCUUCUUUGUCAAAUCAUACAGUACUGUGGAAGGCAUAGAAUUAGCUUAGACACAUGCUCCCCAUUGUUUGUUAUUUCAGGCUGUAGUAUGAGAUAAUAUGUUUUGCUAUCACUGUGAUUUUUAAAAUAUUUGUUUAACCACAGCCAGUAUGCCGAUAAGCCUUUUUGGCAAAUUGAGACGGAGAUCGUGCCAGAAACACAUUAAUUGUUCCCACAUUUAGCCGAGUCGCAUAAAGCCACAAAAAAUGAGGCUGAUCAUAAAACCCAUAAGCGGGUUAUUUGCAUGCUUAUUCAGUGUGUACCACAGCUCUGAUGGAAAACAAGUUUCCAUUUCGGCUUAUUGACUGUACCAAGUAUUGCAUUAUUUUAAAUCCUUAUCUUUCCUAAGGACUAUUGUUGUAAAGGAUAUUUUUAUAUACCUUACAGGAUGUUCACGAAUCAUACAGUAUUCUGCAAAUUUGAAAAUACAUUGCAAAUUCAUCAUUAUUUAAGUGCUAAAACAGCGUGUUUAAAAACAGUGAAUUAGGUUUGUGGAGCAAUAUAUAAAUCAUGUCAAAUUGGUCCUAAUUUUAUUGAAAUGCUCAGAGAGUCAGACAUUUGUUCAAAUUAAAGGUUUCAGCUUCCAGAAAUAUUCACUGUAUAAAAGCAUCUUUGCUCACUGACGGAUGGAAAAGACUGUUACUACGCUUGUCUUUCAUUGCACUUUCAACAGACACUGUUCACAGUGCCAUAGCAAGGCAAACACAACGACGGCUUAUGGAAUAAAUAAUUGGUAAGUUUGAUUUACUUGUGCUACUUAACUAUAAUACUGACUAUUAACAAUGCUUUCACAACUAAAUUCAACUCAACACAUUAACUUAAUGAGCUCCAGAUGCUUUUUUGUUAUUGUAGUUCUCUGAAAAGGUUUCCUUGAAGGACACUGUAAUUAUGGUGUAUUUGUAUGUGCUUGCACAAUUAAUUUGUUUCUCAUUGCUUUUUACACUAUAGCCUACAACUAUGGAGACACACUGUAUCAUCUGCCUCCUCUUGGAUGCCUGUUGCACGUCAUUAACAUUGUCCCCAAUGUUCACCAAAUAAGUGGCCUAAUAACUGUU